AUGGCGUCAAAAAGGAAUGUGAAAAGCGUGAAAUUUGGUGACCCUGGUUAUGAAAAAAUAUUGGUGCAGUGGGCAGCUGAAUGUGAAGAUCUGCCUUCUGAAGAAAGUGAUGUGUCAGAAGCAGAAAAUGAUGACACAGAAGAUAGAAAUUUAGAAUUGGUUCCUGACGAGUAUUCUGGAUCCAGUUCUGAUCAUGGUGACGAUAAUUCAGAGGAUGAUGUUGAUGAUAUUGGUAAGCCUUCAACGAGCGGUUACAUUGCUCCAAGUGGUCUGGUAUGGAGUUUGGAACCUCCAGCAAAAAAUAAAAUUCAACCACACAACAUUAUUCGGCGUGCGCCAGGACUAGCAAGGAAACAUAUGGCUGCAACACCAAAAAAAGCGUUUCAGUUAUUUGUAACUCCAGUUAUUGUACAAGAAAUUGUGAACUGUACUAAUUUAGAGGGCAAACGUGUUUAUGGAGCAACAGGAAAACCGUGGAAAGAUGUAACUGUUGAUGAAUUUCUUGCAUUCUGUGGUUUACUUAUUCAUGCGGGAGUUGACAGAGGCUGGGAUAUUCCUGUAUAUCGAGCCAGGAACAUCCCAGCCAUAUUCCAGCCACAUUCCCAGCCAUCAAUGUCCAUAUUUCGCUUUGAAGAAAUACGAAGAUUCGUCAGAUUUGACGACAAGAGAACCCGGAAUGCGCGUUUGGAAACCGAUAAGUUAGCAAUGGUGUCCUACAUUUGGGAUUUAUUCAUUCAGCAAUGCAAAACCUGCGUCAUACCUGAUACUAAUGUAACUAUUGAUGAACAACUCGUUGGGUUUAGAGGUAGAUGCACAUUCGUUCAAUAUAUGCCAAGUAAACUGGCAAAAUAUGGACUUAAAAUAUUUUGGAUGUGUGAAUCUACGUCUGGUUAUGCUUUGGAUGGCUUAGUUUAUGUUGGUCCACAUAAAAACCUGGGGCUUGAAGUAGUACAAACUCUUGUGCGUGGCAUUCAUAAUUCUGGUCGCAAUCUCACGAUAGACAAUUUCUUCACUAGUGUUCCGCUAGCAACUUAUCUGUUGGAUAAAAAUAUUACUGUUGUGGGUACACUACGUCAGAAUAAGAGUGAUAUUCCGAAAGAAAUGAAAGCGUCAAAAGAUCGUGUAGUCUACUCUUCAUUGUUUUGUUUUCAAAAUAACGUAUCCAUGGUAAGUUACGCACGUAAAAAGAACAAAUGCGUAAUUUUACUAAGCACCAUGCGCCACGAGGCAUGUAUCAAUGACGACGCUAAGAGGAAGCCUGAAAUCAUCUCUCAUUAUAAUAAAACAAAGGGCGGUGUUGAUAUCAUGGAUCAAAUGGUGUCGACAUACACGUGCAAGAGGCAAAGUAAAGGAUGGCCCAUGACAUUUUUCUUCAACAUCAUUGAUGUUGCAACACUCAAUGCAUAUAUAGCCUUUACGAAGGAACAUCCAAACUACAACAUAGGAGUGACUCACAAACGCAGAAUGUUUUUGAAAGAUUUAGCGAAGGAACUAGUGAUACCACAUAUGCAGAGAAGGUCUACUAACCCUAACCUACGGCGUACUGUCCGGGAGUGUAUGAGCAUAUUUAUUGAUAUAUGUGGUCCGCCAGCCGCUCACACAAGUGCAACAAUUAAGAGAAUAAGAUGCUCAGUAUGUCCCGCAAGUAUUGAUCGUAAAAGCACAAUGAUAUGUAUUACUUGUAAAAAUAAUAUCUGUAAUGAGCAUAGUAUUAGAAUGUGCACUAAAUGCUUCUCUAAUCCCUAA